AUGGGAGCUCUUGAUCAUCUUUCCGAUUAUAUCUCCGACUACUUCCAUGUCUCCGGUAAAAUGAGGAAGCGUAAAGUCAUGCAGACGGUGAAUAUAAAGGUUAAAAUGGACUGCGACGGCUGCGAACGCAGAGUCAAGAACGCUGUUUCCUCAAUGAGAGGGGUGAAAUCGGUGGAAGUGAACAGAAAGAUACACAAAGUGACAGUGAGUGGUUACGUGGAACCGAAGAAGGUCUUGAAGAGAAUCGAACGGAAAGGGAAAAAGGCGGAGAUUUGGCCAUAUGUUCCAUACAAUAUGGUUGCAUAUCCGUACGCAGUAGGAGCUUACGACAAGAAAGCUCCGGCCGGUUAUGUGAGGAAGUCGGAGCAGUCGCAGCCGGUGCCGGGAGCGCCCGACGACAUGCUCAUGACUCUUUUUAGCGAUGAUAACCCCAACGCUUGCACCGUUAUGUAA